UUUAUGUCAGUCGCAGAUUUAGGCCUAUUUCAGUCUGUGAAAUUUGUAACUUUUUGAAAGUGUUGUAGCCAGUGUGGAGAGAAAUUAUUCCGAACUUAGCUGAAGCUUAAAUUAAAUAACGCUAAUGAUUUAGUAAAGCCGAACUGCGGCUCAUUUAACAGUAUAACAAGGAAAUAAUCUUAAACUGUUAAAGCUAUGUAUUUUUCCAUUCUUAGUAUUUCUACAACUAAAGGAGAUCCGCUCAUUACUGAAAAGUAUCAAAAUGAUGUGAAGGAAGAGUGUUUAAAAAGCUUUAUACACAAGAUUGUUACAUCUAAGCCAGGAUGUAUGCCACCUGUUAUGGAGAAGAAUGGAGUGUAUUGUUAUUUUAUUCACAGAGACAAACUACUUUAUAUUGCUCUAACGACAGCUGUUACUUCUACUGUUGUGGCUGUGGAACUUCUUGAUAGGUUUCAUCAUAUUCUAAAGGAUUUUUGUGGAGGUGUUUCUGAACAUGUAGUUAAGAAGAAUCUUGUUCUAGUGCAUGAAAUCAUGACUGGGAUGCUGAAUGGUGGCUACAUCCAGGCAACAGACACUGAGAAACUUAAAGCUAUGAUUUAUAGUGAAGUCCAGUUAAAGAAGAAUGCAGAUGUAGGGCUGCAUUAUAGAGGCUGUCGGCAGAAUGAGAUCUUCCUUGAUGUUGUGGAGAGAUUAGUAGUUCUUUUUGAUCCAAAGGGAAAUCUAAAAAGGUUCCAGUUAAAUGGGGCUCUACAGAUGAAAACGUUCUUGCCAUCACAAGCUAGUGUGAAGAUUGGACUUAAUGAAGACCUGAUCGUGACUAAGGAACUUAAUAAAGCAGCAGCUUACAAUACAGGAGUCUGUUUGGAUUCUUGCACAUUUCAUGAAAACGUGAAAAAAGAGGAUUUUUAUACCAACCACAGUUUACUUGUUCAACCUCCACAAGGAGAGUUCUGUGUAAUGAACUACACUGUGGAUGCAUCUCUUCCACCAGUUUUUCCUUUUCGACUUGUUAGUGUUAUACAGGAAUCGGCAACCAGUGACUUAGAUGUCAUUUUAAAGUUGAAGGCUGAAAUGCCGGGGAACACAGAAGCCUUAAACAUUAAGGUACAUCUUCCCGUACCUUCCAGAACCACCAGUGUCAUGCAGCAAUUCAGUAUGAAGGACAAUACAGCCAACUUCUCAGAAACGGAACGGACAGUCACCUGGAAUAUCAAGAAACUUCCUGGGUCUGCUGAAAUUGUGGCAAAGUUUAAGCUUAUAGAUGCCAGACAGAAUAAGGCUUAUGCUCUUCAACUUGGACCUAUAGCUGUGGAGUUUGAAGUUUCUAAUUUUGUGUGUUCUGGACUAAGAAUCAAUUUUUUGAAAGUGGUAAAUCUAGCAACAGCACAAACAAUCCAAAGAUGGGUUCGUUAUGUUACUCUGGCCGAUUCAUACAUGUUUUUGAUAUAAAUCUUUCCUACUUAUGUAAAAAACAUUUGUGGAAAUAAGUCAAUCAGAGGAAUAUAUUUAUUGUGAAACCAUACAUGUAGAAGCAUAUCUUACAGAAUGGUAAUAUUUACUUCUUGAUGAAAAGAAUCAAAUGGUCUGUGAUAGAUGGUGAAGUAAGAGGUGCAUCAAGCUGGUUAGCUAAUCAUUUGAUUCAUUUUGAGCAGAUCUACGUGGGUUCAAUAUGUUGCUGUUUGUGUGGGCAUAUAAAAAUCACUUCUAAUGCCCAGAGUAGUGAAUCAAUUUUUAUACAUCUAUCAAAAAUACCAGGGCAAAAGCGAACAGAUAAGAUCAACUAGCAAGUAGAAGUUUCACAUUUUUUUUUUUUUUGUAGUGAAUCUUAUGAUAAAACUGUAUGAUACAUUCAACAAACUUUGAUGAUCCAUUAUUUAAAACCUGAACUAAUUAUUAAACAGUCAGCUAAUCAUAUGUAGAGAAUAAAUGUUCAGAAAGAAAGUUAGGAGUGAUUAGGUAUACAUAUGUGGUGUAUUAUAUAGAUUCUGACAAUGUCUAGAGAAAAUUAACCAAUUUUUAAAAAUUUUAUGUGUCAAUAAUAAAAGAAAAGAGAAACAAGUAUACCAGAAUGAACUAGAAGCACCAGUUAAAGCCACAGGCACAAACCAAUUUAAGUGAUAGUUUAUUUUAAGAACUUCUGGAAUUCCUCCCAUUCUCCAUCAUUUUGUGCUCAGUACCCUGAAAAGGAUGCCUGAAACAUCAAGGGAACUCUUCAAACAUUCUCCAUAAUGCCUCCAAUGAACAACAUUUUCAUUAGCCUUAUACUCACCCUUUUAACUGAAUGUGCACGGGGUUGGUUCAUUGGAGAAGAAAUAUUGACUAUAAUUCCAAAUUUACUAAGUAUAUCUUCAUGAAAUGUGGCAAGCUGGUAGUAAACAAUACAAGUCUUUUGUAGACAAAAAGUCAGAUGUGUUAAUAAAGUACUUGUAUUAAAGAUAUGUCUGUGAAUUGAUGAAGUCAGUCUGACUCAGAUUCUGACAAGUUGGACUGUGAUUUUCAUAAGAAUAAAAAAAAUACUUUUUUCCAAGUUACAGUUUGCUAACCUUUCUAAUCUAAAUGCAUAUGUAAUUUUUUUUUCAGUUCCCCUGAAUCUGGUAUUUCCUCUAUUCUAACAUGAAAUUUUGAAAAAUUGGCAUCGUGUUCAGUGACAAUCUUUACAAAGUCUUGGUCUGCUUUGACCCAAACUUGUACUCAAUAGGGUUAACAACUGUGAAGUAGCCCAUUAAUUUUUGGAAGUAUAAUUUUCUAUUUGAAACCUACAUAUAUUUAUUUUAACACUACUAUAGAUUGUUUCUAUAGAAUGUUCUGGUCAGCUAAAAUGUUCAGUAAUUAGGAGGUUUGUUUUUUAUGGAUCAGUUGUUUUUUUGGUUUAUCCAGCUUAUAUAGAAAAUGAGAAUUUUGACAUUGUAUUUAGUACAAUAAACUUUUUUGAGUUAUGUUUUUAUGAUAAUUUGAUAGAGUAUACUAGUUUUCUCUGAAUUUCUCCUACUGUUUUCCUUUUUAAGAUGACAUUUUAGGCCUCAACUCAAGACUCAGUAUAGACCCUGAAAUAUUGUUUAAAAAUCAAGAAAAAUGGCAGAAGUCCACAGGAAACUUAAUCCACGUGUUGAACACACUGCCCAAAACCACAUUAAAAAAAAGAUUUGGCAGUUGUUGCAUUUAUCCAAAAGGAUGAGAGGAAGUUCUAAAUUCGGUAUGAAGUAAGAAAGUCUUUAGAUUUUAACUUUUUCAGAAAAAGAAAAUGGAACUAUAGGACUGAUAUUUUUAUGGUGAUUGUUAAGUUGGAGAAAGUAAAAGAGUUUUUACUGAUAUGGGAAAAAGUUUUCAAAUUUCAGAUGUUAGCUGUUUUAAAACAUAUUUUAUGAAACAUUGCUAGCUCUAUUUAUUGAGCUUUGAGGUUGUAAAAUUCUUAGUCAUAGGUUUUUGUAGGGAAUGUAUGUGAUUAUUAUAAUUACUGUUUAUGUAGCAACUUUACUUCAUUCUCAGGACUUAAAUGUGACUAAUAUUACAUUGAAUAUUUAACAGUUGGCUGCUUUUAUAUUUUAGAUUAUAGUGUCUGUCUGUUGCUUUUUGAUGUAAUAUUCCAAACUUCAUGAAAAAAUAAAAUAUAGUCACCUGUUCACUAAA